AUGGAGCAGGUAGCGAGACGAAAGCGAAACAACACCGCGGAUGGCAUGUCGAAAGCCAGCCUCUCGAAGCAAUACGGUGGUGAUCAUGCCGAAGGAUGGAUCGGCCAUCUGCCACCCGCAUGGAUCCCUUAUAUCCAGCUCUGUCGUCUGAGUCCCCCGGCCGCAUUCUUCCUCAUCUACUUCCCCCAUCUGUUCGGUAUUCUCCAUGCAGCCACCACCCACGGACUCCCCGCGCACGAUGUCCUGCGUACCUCCCUCAUCCUGGCCGGAGGCAGCUUCUUCUACAGCAACGCCUGCCACGCAUGGAACGACCUCGUCGACGCGCCCAUCGACAAACUCGUCGCCCGCACCUGCUCCCGUCCCAUCCCCCGGGGCGCCAUCACCCCCGCCGCUGCGUUCCUCUUCACCUGCACCCAAGCCGUAGCGGCGGCAGCCUUCCUUCUCCUCCUACCCGCCCGCACCGCCCUCGUCACCAUCCCGACGAUUGUCACCAUGACCUACUAUCCCUACGCGAAGCGCCACACGCACUUCCCGCAGCUGGUGCUGGGCUUCUGCCUCACGUGGGCGAUCAUGGUCGGGAGCUCGGCGCUGGGCGUGCCAGAGCCAUGGACCGAUCCCUCGGCCGUGUGUCUCCUCCUCGCGGCAACGCUCUGGGUCGUCAUCUUCGACACCAUCUACGCGCACCAGGACGUCGCCGACGACCGGAAGAUCGGCGUGAAGAGCACGGCGGCGCUCUUCGGGAGCUCGUCGCGGCUGUUCCUGGGCGUGCUGUUUCUCAGCAUGGUUGGACUGUUGUCGGGCUGUGGCUACUAUGGGAAUCUGGGUCUGCCAUUCUAUUGUGUGACUGUGGGUGGGUGCGUGCUUGCUGUUGGGGGGAUGGUGUUUCUGGUGGAUCUGAAGAACUCCGCGAGCUGCUGGGUGUGGUUCUCGCAGGGGUUCUGGCUGGCUGGUGGUGCGAUUUCUGGGGGGUUGUUGCUUGAGUGUCUCUUGCAGUGA